AGUUCGUGGACAGAUCCUUGCGUGAGCUUUUGGCGCAAAACAACUGGAGGUCAGGCGAGUGCGGAGCCUUUUUCGGGCCCACCGUGACGAUUGGCUAAAGAGAGUGAUAUAUGGUUUCUGGCAAAAAGCGCGGAUCAGCAACAGAGUCGAUGGCCAGAGUGAGGCAGAAACUGCGAGCAGUGCCCCCUUUCCAUUCUGGGAAAGAUCUUGAUCGUCAAGUGCUAAAUGGAGUUUACAAUUACAAAAACAUGGGAUAGUUCACCAGUCUCUCACAAGGGAGUUGCUCUGUCACUCAAGCCAGAUGAUGAAGGAAUACUAAUGGUGGUAGAUGCCCCUUUCUUCAAUGAUCCUCCAUCCCCAGCCGGUCCAAGAGGAAAACCUUACAAUCAGUUGUGGGAUUAUGAAGUUGUGGAAGCAUUUUUCUUGAAUAGCUGCAAAGAACUGUAUCUUGAAGUGGAACUCUGUCCACAUGGACAACACUUAGUACUAUUACUUGCUGGCAAGAGAAAAGCAUGGAAGAAAGAACUGGAUUUAAAAUAUGUCUCUACAAUUCAUGAUCAAAAUUGGGAAGGCAAAGCACUUAUUCCUUGGAGUUUUUUUCCUGAUGGAGUUAACAAGUUUAAUGCCUAUGCGAUUCAUGGCUCUGGUGAUAAAAGAGUUUAUGAGGCUCUGUAUCCCAUACCUAAGGAGCAGGUAAACGAGGGACAACAGCCUAACUUUCAUCGCUUGGAAUACUUUGAGGAUUUCAGCUUGAGCUCAGUUAUGGGAGGUGAAUGGAAGCAGCCUAGGUCUGAUCUAUGGAAGCAUGCUGAUGGGACUUCAUGAUGUUGCCUGAAUCAUUGGAUUCUUCCAGAAUUUUCUUGUCUUAAUUCAAAUGAUCAGAAAGUACAUUAUUUUGAUAUUGCAAUAUAUCCACUAGCACUUACAUUUGUAAAUGUAAAAUUCUGAAUAUUAAGACACACUCAUAUUUGGAGUAUUAUUGUACAGAAAAUUAAUUGUUUCGGUUGACAAAUUCAAUAUAGCAUUUAAUAGAAAUUGUUAAUAAAGAAGGACCACAGAAUAAUGAAUCACUUCAAUAUCAUCUUGCAUUGUGAUAAGACAGAUGAAUUGCUAACAUGUUUACUGCAAAUUGGCUUUGAAUGUGAGAGAGAUUAUUAAAAAUAAAAUCCUUAAUAACAUAAAAGUGACAUUUUAACGGACUUCUGUGCAAAAUGUAUACAUUAUUGUAGCAAUUUCCCAGUAUCAUGGACUUAA